AAUGUAUUGGGAGGGUAUGAUAUAUUAAAAUAAGAAGUGGCACAAAUAAUAUAUUGAAUUAGAGGUUAUGAAUAUGUUUCAAAUGUGUUAAUUAAUUAUAAAUAUUGACAAGAGAUCAUUUAAAACAACAAAAAGAAAUAAAUAAAUUAAAUAUUGAAUAAAUUGAUAUUUGACGAAUUUUGGAUUUUAUUUUUAAUAUUUAAAAAAAAAAAAAAAAUUUCCCCGAAAAUGAGUAAUUAUACUGUGAUUACGUCGGAUUUUGUAAAUGUCUCAGUGACAAAUUCUGGAAAUCAAACAACAUGUGUUGAAAGAAGAUUUCAAAAAGGCAUAACAAUCGAUGAAUUGAAGGGUAAACUUGAAUUAUUAACCGGUGGAAAUUCAAUGACAAUGAAUAUUGAAGUUUAUGAUAAAAAUGAUAAAUUAAUAUGCAAAUUAAACGAAUCAAGUCGUCUCUUAGGAUCAUAUCCAAUCGAUGAUGGCAUGAGGAUACAUGUUGUAGAUAAUUUCUCUCGUCAAUUGGAAGAUGAUUUAUCUAGUGUGGAAAAAUUUGAAUUGUCCGAGGAAGAUUAUUCAAAAAGAACAGAUACGGUAAAAGCAUUUUUGGAGAAAAAUAAAUUGGGAAAAUAUAAUGAAGAAGAAAUGAAGCGUAAAGAAGAAGAGAAAUUAAAGGAAGAAGAAGCUGAGGAAGCUGCUGCACGAUUGUGUAAAAUUGGAGAUCGUUGUGAAGUUCAAGUUCCAAAUCAGGCAAAAAGAAGAGCGACGGUCAUGUACGUUGGUAAAACUGAUUUUAAAGAAGGUUGGUGGGUGGGAGUAAAAUAUGACGAGCCUCUUGGUAAAAAUAACGGAAGUGUUAAUGGAAAGGUAUAUUUCGAAUGUGGUCCAAAAUAUGGUGGUUUUAUAAAACCACAUCAUGUGAAAGUUGGCGAUUUUCCCGAAGAAGAUUACGAUUUGGAUGAGGAGCUUUAGUUUAUAUAAAUUAAUAACCCCCUUUUUUUUAAUACUCUAUUUUUAAAAUUAAUAAAACUAUUUUUUUUUGGA